AGAUAUCUCCAGUCAGCACAUUAUCAGUAAUUCGCAAGAGAUUGUAGCCCCUCACGUGUAAUCUCUCUCUUGCCUUUUUUCUCAUUUAUGGUUCAGUAUUUCACAGGAUCGGUUGCUUCCUCUAUUAUAAAAAACAACAGCGUAAGAAAAUUCAUGCGGUCUGGGUUUGCUCUGUUGUUUUCACGCACGCUGUUCCUCCAUCUGCUUAAGAACAAAACGGACAUUUUCCAGAGCACAGUCCUUUUGCGGCUCUUCUUUUAAAUCACUUCUUCUUUUCAUGCUCAGCUUCAAGAGCAAAUUCCUUGAUCAAGCUAUGGUGGCAAAGAAAGACAAAGAAAACAAAGGACUGGUGGGAAUUAAGCACUCUAUCUCAGAGAUUGCUCUUGCGAGCAAUGAAUGCAAGUCGUCACCGGAGUCCAAUUUUCUGCAUCGCUGCAGUUAUAACGGCAAAAUCUGUACCAAUUCUGGCUAUAAGUCGAAUGCGAGAAUGCCACCAUCCUCGAUGUAUAAAGGAGUGAGGAGAAGGAAAGGGGGGAAGUGGGGUGCAGAGAUCAGAAAUCGAAAGGUUCGGAUUUGGGUAGGAACUUUCAGUACAGUGGAAGAGGCUGCCCUUGCUUAUAGAAGGAAGGAGCUUGAGUUUGAAGCAAUGAAGGAAGCCAAGGCAUACUCUCAGCUCGGUCUCUGUGCUUCUGAGCUUGCCAUUGCUCAGAAGGAACACUAUGAGCUUGAAACAAUGAUUCAAACUGAGAAGCUCAAGAAUUUGCUUGAGGCAGAGAAGGGGGAUUGCUUAUUUUCUCAUUCAUUGCCCGUGUCGGCUCUCGAACUCCCUGCUCUGACUCGACUCGAUAAGGCAGAUGAUCUCCAAAAACACUUAUUAGGCUUAUUGGGAGGGUCAUUGAGUUCAGCCUGCAACGAUGAAAUUAUCAACCCUGGUGAUUUGAUCCAUUUGGAGGACAAUUGGGCAGAGGAAAAUAAUAUUGACCAGUGUUUUGAUGAGCUGAAGUGUGACACUCUGAUGAUCCAAUUUGGGAAUGGUGAAUCAUCUGAACUUCCUAACUGUGAUGCUGAUCUAACAGAAGAGGACACUGCUUGGAUUGAUGGUAUCCUGAAUGUGGCUGAUCAUGAUUAAGUUUUUCUGCUACUUAGGUAUAUAUAUAUAUAUAGACAUAUUUGUGGAUCCAAGUUCAUAGAACUCAUGAAGGAUUAUGGAUUAAUUAAUCUUUCUAAUGAGAAUAUGAAAUUUGUUCUUAUUGUUGUCCAACUCUGUUUUUAUGGAUGUCCUGCAUUUCAUCUCUGAUUCACCGUCAACGCUUUGAGAAUAUGAAAUUUGUUCUUAUGGAGUA